GGCCAGCCUUUUACUUGUACUUUGGGCUGAAAAUUGUGGCUGGUCUAGUCGUCCUCUGCCUCAGCCUUGACUUCAGGAUGCCUUCAAACAAAGUCACUAAGGACUUCAAAUCUUUAUUAAAAAAUGCAGAGGUCUUGACCUACCUGUUAGUUAUGAUGAUCACAGGUGCAUUCUUCGGCCUACUGGAUCUCUUCCUGUUCUGGCUGCUACAGGAUCUGGGAGCUUCCAAAGUCUUGAUGGGCAUCACUGUGACCGUGGGCACUGCAGCUGGCAUACCCAUCCUUGUGGCCUCAAAACACAUUAUCUCCACUCUGGGGCAUGCCAACACCCUCAUUCUCGGACUUGCCUUCUAUGUCGUCCGCAUGAUAGGAUAUUCUUACAUUCAAGAUCCAUGGUGGUGUUUACCCUUUGAAGCACUGGAAUGUUUUACUGUCUCCCUGAUGGACACUGCUUCUGUAUCCUAUGGUGAUACCCUCGCCACACCAUCCACCAUUGCUACACUGCAGGGAAUGUAUGGAGGCCUUCACUAUGGUAUUGGUCGCGCUCUUGGCAGUCUUAUUGGAGGAAACCUGAUAAAAGUGGUGGGAAUUCGUAACACCUUCAGAGGCGCAGCUGGAGUGUCUGCUGUUGCCUGUAUACUAUACUUUUUCAUCAACUAUAACUGUUUCCGUAAACAGCAACAAGAGCGCAGACAGAAAGCUAUAAGUGAAAAGACAAAUAAAGCAACAGUGACAGAAGAAAAGAAACACACAGAGGAUAAAAUAACCAAAUCUACAGCUGAUGGCAACGUUCUAAAACAAGAGCAUCUCAAUUCAGCAUUUAAUGGAGAACCUAAUUCCAUAGACGUUGAAAGUGCAAGAAAACCAGAAUAUUUAAGCAGCUUUUAA